GACUCACAUUAUUAUUAUUAUUAUUAUUAUUAUUUUGAGUCGGAGUCUUGCUCUAUCACCCAUGCUGGAGUAUAGAGGCAUGACCUUGGCUCACUGCAACCUCUGUCUCCCGGAUUUAAGGGAGUCUCCUGCCUCAGCCCGCCCGAGUAGCUGGGAGUACAGGCGCGCGCCAUCAUGCCCAGCUAAUUGUCUUUUUAGUAAAGAUGGGGUUUUGCCAUCUUCGCCAGGCUGCUCUCGAACUCCUGACCUCAGGUGAUCGAUCCACCCGCCUCGGCUUCCCAAAGUGCUGGGAUUACAGGCAUGAGCCACUGCGCCUGGCCUGACCUACAUUCUUAAAAGGGCUGUGUUACUGAAACAAUCAGGAAAGAGAUACAUAUCUCCAGGUGAAGGAAAAUGAACAAUGCUUUUUCUCUUCCUCAAGUCAAGAAAAAUCCAGUUCUUUAGUUGACAGUACAUCCAAGAUAGUCAAAUUAAGUAGCUUCCUGUCUUCUCUUCAUUUUAUCUACUUGUCAUGAUUAAAUAUCCUACUAGGUUGUAAGUGGGCCCUCAACGCUGACCUUUUUAUCUUGCGAUUUGAGAAGCACAGUCUAGAGCACUACCCUUCACCUAAAUGCCAAUAUGCCACCAGUAGAAAUUAUCCUUUAGGCUAAAUAUUGUUCUUCCCAGAAACCCUCUUUUCAAAGAUCAGUUUAAACCUAAAUUCAUCACAGUGGAAAACAGCAGAUUUCAGAGUCAGAUGAAGAAUUCAUAUCCACCUGGCUUUGAACAUUAUCGGCUGUGGGAUGGUGUAGGUAAAAUUUCAAGUGCAUAAUUUGGCAAUAAUAAAUCAUCAAUAAAUAUUAAUUUUGAUGAGGACCCUGGGCCACAUAAAGAAAUAGGGAGUGAGGAGAUUUGAAAUUCUGGCCACUUCACAGAAAUGGGUGGGAAGGGGCUCUUGAUUGAGAUAGAAGCCCAUCCUACAUGAAGCAAUUCCUCAUUAAGCGUUCUCUCUCGUCCUUUAUCCUUGUUGGAAACAUCAGGCAGUCACUCUUGGUCUUAAAGUACUUUUACAUCUAAAUACUGAACUCUUCUAUUUAAUCCCUGUCUGUUGUAGAUGUUAAGUAUACAAAGAGGUUGUCAGAGUUUGAAACAUCGGGACUUCUGUCAGGUACUAGCUCCGGAACUCCAGCCUGCUCACCCUCAAAAGCGGCUUGCAGCUAGAGGUUUAAGUUCCACUUCCUCUCCGCGAAUCCUUACGCACGAGGGAGGCGGGGCGUGUGUCCUCCGCUCUUGGUUUUCGGGUAGCACCUUCUGGGGCGCCGCCUGCCUCCACCCACUGCUGGGCCUUGACGUCAUGGGCUGCGGCCCCCUCCCGGCUGAGCCUAUAAAGCUGCAGGUGCGCGCCGCCCUACAGACGUUCGCACACCUGGGUGCCAGCGCCCCAGAGGUCCCGGGACAGCCCGAGGCGCCGCGCCCGCCGCCCCGAGCUCCCCAAGCCUUGGAGAGCGGCGCACACUCCCGGUCUCCACUCGCUCUUCCAACACCCGCUCGUUUUGGCAGCAGCUCGCGUCCCAGAGACCGAGUUGCCCCAGAGACCGCGACGCCGCCGCUCCGAAGGACCAAUGAGAGCCCCGCUGCUACCGCCAGCGCCGGUGGUGCUGUCGCUCUUGAUACUCGGCUCAGGCCAUUAUGCUGCUGGAUUGGACCUCAAUGACACCUACUCUGGGAAGCGUGAACCAUUUUCUGGGGAUCACAGUGCUGAUGGAUUUGAGGUUACCUCAAGAAGUGAGAUGUCUUCAGGAAGUGAGAUUUCCCCUGUGAGUGAAAUGCCUUCUAGUAGUGAACUGUCCUCGGGAGCCGACUAUGACUACCCAGAAGAGUAUGAUAAUGAACCACAAAUACCUGGCUAUAUUGUCGAUGAUUCAGUCAGAGUUGAACAGGUAGUUAAGCCCCCCAAAAACAAGACGGAAAGUGAAAAUACUUCAGAUAAAUCCAAAAGAAAGAAAAAGGGAGGCAAAAAUGGAAAAAAUAGAAGAAACAGAAAGAAGAAAAAUCCAUGUAAUGCAGAAUUUCAAAAUUUCUGCAUUCACGGAGAAUGCAAAUAUAUAGAGCACCUGGAAGCAGUAACAUGCAAAUGUCAGCAAGAAUAUUUCGGUGAACGGUGUGGGGAAAAGUCCAUGAAAACUCACAGCAUGAUUGACAGUAGUUUAUCCAAAAUUGCAUUAGCAGCCAUAGCUGCCUUUAUGUCUGCUGUGAUCCUCACAGCUAUUGCUGUUAUUACAGUCCAGCUUAGAAGACGAUACAUCAGGAAAUAUGAAGGAGAAGCUGAGGAACGAAAGAAACUUCGACAAGAGAAUGGAAAUGUACAUGUUAUAGCAUAACUGAAGAUAAAAUUACAGGAUAUCACAUUGGAGUCACUGCCAAGUCAUAGCCAUAAAUGAUGAGUCGGUCCUCUUUCCAGUGGAUCAUAAGACAAUGGACCCUUUUUGUUAUGAUGGUUUUAAACUUUCAAUUGUCACUUUUUAUGCUAUUUCUGUAUAUAAAGGUGCACGAAGGUAAAAAGUAUUUUUUCAAGUUGUAAAUAAUUUAUUUAAUAUUUAAUGGAAGUGUAUUUAUUUUACAGCUCAUUAAACUUUUUUAACCAAACAGA